AUGGCUGAGGUUGUAGCAAUUAGAGCAAACCCAGCAAUCCACCGAGAAGGCCACCAAGAAGUGUUAAAGUUCACGUCAUUUGUUUGUGAAAGUGAAGACGAUGAUCUCAAACAAGCCACAUUCAAAUGCGCGACUGGUUUCAUAUUUAGGCUCAAGACUUGGGAGUGUGAGAAUGGUUCGAUACUUGGCCAAUCUACUCCAUAUACCGGGUACGAAUCGAGCACCUGGGGUAAAGUGGAUGUACCCGGUAGAGACAAGAAAGGCCAAAAACCACCGCGCCAAGCUCUGGUCAAAACAGCCGUGGAGACUUCGCAAGCCGGGAACCUGUUGGGUUUAGCCUAUUUAUCAAGCUUCAAUGCACUCGGCAUUGACUAUACGUACCACACUUUCAACCACUGGCCAGUCUUUAGUGUGAACAUUGACGAUUAG